AUGGGCUCCAAACUCUACUUUGGACUCACGGGCAAUGCCCUGAGUGUCCUUCAGCUCGCCCUCGUUGUGUGCCCGGCCUUCAUCCUCUUCGGAUACAACCAGGCUGGUCUCGGUGGUCUGAUCACUACCGAGGACUGGGUCAGGACCUUCCCAGAAAUCGACACCAUCAACACCACCGGCGAGACCAAGAAAGUCAACUCGACGCUGCAGGGCUUCGUCGUCGCUACCUUCACCAUCGGCGCCCUCCUUGGCUCCCUCUUCUGCUCCUGGGCCGGCAACGCCUACGGUCGCCGCAAUGUCAUCUUCUUCGCCGGCGUCUGCACCCUCAUCGGCGAGAUCCUCGAGUGUGCUUCCUUCCACCUGGCACAGCUCAUCGUUGGCCGUGUCAUCGUUGGCUUCGGUGUUGGACAGCUCAGCUCCAUUGUGCCUGUUUGGCAGAGUGAGACGUCCGGGGCUACCAACCGUGGUCGCCAGGUCGUUCUUACUGGUCUCUUUACCUGUGUCGGUUACGUCUUGGAGAGCUGGAUCAACUUGGGCUUCUGGGAAUUCAAGACCGGCCCUGUCACAUGGCGCCCUCCCAUCGCCAUCGCCAUCGUCUUCUCCCUUGUCUUGAUGAGCAGCAUCUACCUUCUUCCCGAAUCGCCUCGCUGGCUCGUCAUGAAGGGACGUACCGAGCAAGCCCGCGCCAUCAUUUCCGCCUUCAGGGGCCUGCCUGAGGAUUCCAUGGAGGUCAUGGCCGAAGUUGCCGGCAUUGAGCACUCCCUUGAGGAUACCAGCCAGAAGGCUGCCAAGCUCAGCGACGUUCUCAAGAUGGGCAAUGACAAGCUCGCCUACCGCUUUGGACUCUGCAUCCUGCUCCAGUUCUAUCAGCAGAUGUCUGGAAGCAACCUCGUUUCUGUCUACGCCCCCAUCUUGUUCCAGCAGAACCUCGGCAUGAAGCCUGAAGCGUCCAAGGCUCUGGCCGGUGGUGCCCUUACCUGGAAGUUCAUCUCGUCCUUCUUGGCCUUCUUCGCCAUCGACCGAUUUGGCCGUCGUGCCGUCUUCAUCUUCAGUGGCAUUGGCAUGUCUCUCUGCAUGACCUGCUUGGCCAUCACGACAUCCUUCCCCAAGGAUAACCUGGCUGCCCAGAUCGCUGCCGGCUGCUUCAUCUACCUGUACAACACCUUCGUCCCUAUCGGCUUCUUGGGUGCCAACUUCCUCUACUGCACUGAGAUUGCACCCCUCCGUCUCCGUAUGGCCAUGUCGUCCAUUUCUACCGCCAACCAUUGGCUCUGGAACUUCAUUGUUGUCAUGGUCACCCCUGUUGCCUUCAACACCAUUGGCUGGAGAUACUACAUCGUCUACGCCGUCAUCGCGGCCUGCAUCCCUGUCAGCGUCUACUUCCUCUUCCCCGAGACCAUGGGUCGCAACCUGGAAGAGAUCGAGCUUCUUUUCAGGGACUCUCCUUCCGUGUUCGCGACGGUCAAGUUCGCAAAGAACCGGCCCAUCGCCAUGCCCCAGGAGUUCGACAGCGACAAGCCGGGCCAGAAGGCCGAGUGCGUUGAGAAGACGUCUGACGACUCGGCUUGA